CACUCUAAACGUGUGCCUAGUUGUCACCAUCAGCCAGCAAAACCCCCCACAAUAAGACCUAAAGACGGGCGAUUUUUGUUGUUCCGCGAGGAGAGAUCUCUCAGUGGAGGUAGGAGACUUCUGCCGGACGAAAUUAGCCGUCGAUGAAGCUACGACCAAUUCUUUUUCGACCCAUAAUCAUCCAUGUAGUCCCAAAACCUACAUUGUUCCAUUCAUAUCAUUCGCGCACUAAUCCAAUCGCCACUUCCAUUGAGGUCUCCACCAUAAUCGAAACUCUUGACCCUAUGGAAGAUGGAUUGAAAGUCAUAUCGUCCCGUAUAAGGUCUUAUACAAUUACCUCCGUCCUUCAAGAACAGCCGGAUACCCGACUCGGAUUCCGACUUUUUAUUUGGUCAUUAAAGAGUUGGCAUCUCCGCUGCCGCACCGUGCAGGAUUUGAUCAUUGGCAAGUUAAUAAAGGAAAAUGCCUUUGAAUUAUAUUGGAAAGUUCUUCAAGAGCUGAAGAAUUCAGCAAUUAAGAUUUCCUCCGAAGCUUUCUCUGUGUUGAUUGAGGCAUACUCAGAAGCGGGUAUGGAUGAGAAGGCCGUUGAAUCAUUUGGUCUGAUGCGAGAUUUUGACUGUAAGCCCGACCUUUUUGCUUUCAAUUUGAUUUUGCAUUUUCUGGUGCGAAAAGAAGCAUUUCUGUUAGCUUUAGCAGUGUAUAACCAGAUGCUGAAGUGUAAUUUGAAUCCAGAUGUGGUUACGUACGGCAUACUGAUUCAUGGAUUAUGUAAAACGUGUAAAACUCAAGAUGCCCUUGUACUUUUUGAUGAAAUGACUGAUAGAGGAAUAUUGCCCAAUCAGAUAAUUUAUUCGAUUGUUCUUUCUGGACUGUGCCAAGCUAAGAAAAUUUUCGAUGCUCAAAGAUUGUUCAGUAAGAUGAGAGCUAGUGGGUGUAAUAGAGAUUUAAUAACCUAUAACGUUUUGCUUAAUGGGUUUUGUAAGUCAGGUUAUUUGGAUGAUGCUUUUACAUUGUUGCAAUUACUUACAAAGGAUGGCCAUAUUCUUGGAGUUAUUGGGUAUGGUUGUUUAAUUAAUGGCUUGUUUAGAGCUAGGAGAUAUGAAGAAGCACAUAUGUGGUACCAAAAAAUGUUGAGGGAAAACAUCAAGCCUGACGUUAUGUUGUAUACUAUUAUGAUCCGAGGUUUAUCACAAGAAGGCCGGGUUACCGAAGCAUUGACACUGUUGGGUGAGAUGACAGAACGAGGGCUUAGGCCAGAUACUAUUUGUUAUAAUGCUUUAAUUAAAGGGUUUUGUGAUAUGGGAUAUUUGGAUGAGGCCGAGUCUCUUAGACUAGAGAUUUCAAAGCACGAUUGUUUCCCGAAUAAUCACACAUACUCAAUUCUCAUUUGUGGUAUGUGCAAGAAUGGGUUAAUAAAUAAGGCACAACAUAUAUUCAAAGAAAUGGAGAAGCUUGGAUGCCUUCCUUCUGUUGUGACCUUCAAUUCUCUCAUUAAUGGACUUUGCAAAGCUAAUAGGCUUGAGGAAGCUCGCCUUUUAUUUUACCAAAUGGAGAUAGUAAGAAAACCUUCUUUGUUUCUUCGUCUUUCUCAGGGCACCGAUAAGGUUUUUGAUAUUGCCAGUCUCCAAGUUAUGAUGGAGCGAUUAUGUGAGUCGGGAAUGAUUCUUAAGGCCUACAAGCUUCUUAUGCAACUAGUUGACAGUGGGGUUUUGCCUGAUAUUAGGACUUAUAACAUCCUAAUCAAUGGUUUUUGCAAGUUUGGAAAUAUUAAUGGUGCUUUCAAGCUCUUCAAAGAGAUGCAACUUAAAGGACACAUGCCAGAUUCAGUUACAUACGGGACUUUAAUAGAUGGGCUCUAUAGAGCUGGUAGGAAUGAGGAUGCACUAGAGAUUUUUGAACAAAUGGUAAAGAAAGGUUGCGUGCCUGAGUCUUCUACUUACAAGACCAUCAUGACUUGGUCAUGUCGAGAAAAUAAUAUAUCACUAGCUUUGAGUGUUUGGAUGAAGUAUCUGAGGGAUUUUCGUGGCUGGGAAGACGAAAAGGUCAGAGUAGUAGCGGAAAGUUUUGACAAUGAAGAGCUUCAAACAGCAAUCCGAAGACUACUCGAAAUGGACAUAAAAUCAAAAAAUUUCGACUUAGCUCCAUACACCAUUUUUCUCAUUGGAUUGGUUCAAGCCAAGAGGGAUUGCGAAGCCUUUGCAAUAUUUUCCGUUCUCAAGGACUUCAAAAUGAAUAUAAGUUCAGCAAGCUGCGUGAUGUUGAUUGGCAGGUUGUGCAUGGUAGAAAAUCUCGAUAUGGCCAUGGAUGUUUUUCUUUUUACACUAGAAAGAGGCUUUAGAUUGAUGCCUCCAAUUUGUAAUCAACUGCUGUGCAAUCUUCUUCAUUUGGACAGAAAAGACGAUGCUCUUUUUCUUGCAAAUAGAAUGGAGGCUUCUGGGUAUGAUUUGGGUGCUCAUCUCCACUACAGGACUAAGUUACAUCUUCAUGAUCAUUAGGAAUCAUUGCAAGCUGAAGCUUUCAUGCCCAAAUACAUGCCGUUGUUGUCAACUCCCGGCCAAGAAUUGCCAAAAUGAGUAUAACUAGACUGGCACAAAGUUUAUACUAUCAACCUUGAGAUUGGUGGUGAUGGCUUCUUUGGGGUGUUGAGAAACAUGUAGCAGCGCGGUCCCGUUCAACUAACGCUGUCUUCGGUUUUGUGGUCAUCAAAAGAUGAUGAGAAUGUCAGCAGCUCUUAGAAAAACAGUGUAACUGAACUUUUUUUUUAUUAAAAGGUCAAUCUCAAAGAUUCAGAAUCGACAAAAAAAGAAUAUCACCUUGACCAGCGGGCAGCGUGCAACUGAAGAAGGCAAGCACUGAGCUUUGUAUAUUUAUUGGUGCAAACUGCAAAGAUAUCCCGACAAAUGAAUCAGAUUUGCCCAUGCAGCUUCAUAGACUCCAAAUGCAAGAGCUAGUUUCCAUAACAGAGGAUGUCUUUUAAGGCUCUAAGCUCACAUGGACAAAAUGUACUAGAAGCAACAUAAGAAGAACUUGAGCUCGUGGAGGAUGAUUGGGCCUGCUUGGCACAGUAGGGGACUCUACCUCCUUGACGAUGAUGCUUCCUCUAGUAGACUUCUAGGACUAGUUUUUUUUAUCUUCGUACUUUACUACUUUGGAAAAAGACUGUAUCUUGUGUCAUUUCCAUCUAGGCCACCCAAACUUUCAAUACAUGAACUACUUAUUUCCUCAUAUGUUCUCUAAGGUUGAUGUUUCUACCUUAUCUUGUGUUAUGUGUAUUCAGGCUAAACCAACCCAACCUUUCGCCCUUAUCCAUAAUAAUGUUUGGGGGUCGUCCAAGUUUACUACCUCUUCUGGAAAACGGUGGUUUGUGACCUUUAUUAAUGACCAUGCCUGAGUCUUUCUCAUUUCCAACAAA